GCUUUGAUAACGUAGCUAAAAGCCAGCCUGCGGCUUCUGUUCCCUACGAGCCGUGCUGCGCCCACUAACCAGCGGUGCAACAUUUGCUUUCCUGGAGAACAGGGAUUUGUCCCUGUUGGUCACAACAAAAGCACCAGACGAGUGAACUGGACGUGCAGCUCUGUAGGGAAACGCAGCCUUUAGCUUGUCACCAUGUUUAAUCUGAUGAAAAAGGAUAAGGAGAGGGAAGGGAGUCGGAAGGAGAAGAAGGAUAAAAAGGAGAGGAUGUCUGCAGCCGAGCUGCGCAGCCUGGAAGAGAUGAGCAUGCGGCGCGGUUUCUUCAACCUCAAGAGGGAGGCCAAGCGUGAGUCCAAGAACAAACUGGAGAUCUCCAACCCUAUUCCAAUCAAAGUGGCCAGCAGCAACGAGCUCACCCUCACUGACAUCGAGUCGGAUGGCUUGAGUAACCGCAGCAGCAUGGUUCUGGACGACCAGCUGAGCGCCGCCAGCUCCACUGAUGAUCUGAAGGGCGAGGGCGGAGGAGGACAGGAUGGACACCGCGGCUCAGUGCGUGACCGUGUGGCUCACUUUGGUUCGCUUGCCAAGCAAAACUCAUCGCAGAUGGGUCAGAUGAUGAAGCGCUUCUCCUUUUCCCAGAGGAGCAAAGAGGAGAGCCCUUCAGAGGGCUCCACCCCCUCAGGCCAGAACUCUGCUGCCCCAUCCCCGCAGGUGGAGAGCAAAGUUUUCAGCAUGCUCCGCAAGCACAGUCUCAAGCAGCAGGCCGAAGCACCGGCCACCAAAAAGGUCUGCAUCCCCGAAGUGGUUGACAAGACCUUCCCUGCGCAACUGCAGCUGCCGGCCGUUGUCGCGCCGAGCGCACCGGAAACACGCGAGCUGGAGCUCCAACGCCGCAACACUGGCGACUUUGGAUUUUCUUUGCGUCGCACCACUAUGUUGGACCGCAGCCCUGACGGAGGAGUGUACAGGCGCGUGGUCCACUUUGCUGAGCCUGGAGCCGGCACCAAGGAUCUGGCACUGGGACUGGUGCCUGGCGACCGGCUGGUGGAGAUAAAUGGACGGAAUGUGGAGAACAAGAGCCGGGAUGAGAUAGUGGAGAUGAUCCGUCAGUCGGGAGACACGGUGAGGCUGAAGGUCCAGCCCAUCCUGGAGCUGAGCGAGCUGAGCCGCUGCUGGCUGAGAAACACAGAGGGCCAGCGCAGGGAGGCCAGACAUGUGAAGACAGAGGAGCAGAUCGCAGCAGAGCAAGCCUGGUAUGGAUCAGAGAAAGUCUGGCUGGUCCACAAAGAUGGCUUCUCCCUGGCCACCGUGGUGAAAACAGAGGCUGGCUCCCUGCCAGAGGGCAAGUUGAGAAUCAAACUGGAGCAUGAUGGGACAACACUGGAUGUGGAUGAAGACGAUGUAGAAAAGGCCAACCCUCCGUCCUACAACCGAUCAGAGGACCUGGCCUCACUGCUCUAUCUGAAUGAAUCCAGUGUGAUGCACUCCCUGAGGCAGCGCUACGGAGGCAACCUCAUUCACACCUAUGCUGGACCCAACAUGGUCGUCAUCAACCCCCUUAGCACGCCCUCCAUGUACUCUGAGAAGGUGAUGCAUAUGUUCAAGGGUUGUCGGCGCGAGGACUCGGCUCCUCACAUCUACUCCGUGGCUCAGUCGGCCUACCGCAACCUGCUCACCACACGGCAGGAUCAGUCCAUCGUGCUGCUGGGCAAGUCUGGCAGCGGCAAGACCACCAACUGCCAGCACCUGGUCCAGUACUUGGUCUCCAUCGCUGGGAGCACUGGCAAAAUCUUCUCAGCUGAGAAAUGGCAGGCCGUCUACACCAUCCUGGAGGCUUUUGGCAACAGCUCCACGUCUAUGAAUACCAACGCCAGCCGCUUCUCCCACGUAGUGUCCCUCGACUUUGACCAGACCGGGCAGGUGGCCUCCGCCUCUAUCCAGACGAUGCUGCUGGAGAAACUGAGGGUGAGCCGACGACCUGAGGCAGAGUCCACCUUCAAUGUCUUUUACUACAUGAUGGCCGGAGCCGACAACAGCCUGAGAACGGAGCUGCACUUUAACCACCUGGCUGAGAACAGUGCCUUUGGGAUCUUACCACAAUCUAAGCCUGAGGACAAGCAGCGAGCCUCGCAGCAGUUCACCAAGCUGCAGGCAGCCAUGAAGGUCCUGGGCAUCUCUGGUGAAGAGCAGAAGGCCCUCUGGCUCAUCCUGGGGGCCGUUUACCACUUGGGGGCCGCAGGAGCCACUAAAGCGGGACGUAGGCAGUUUGCCCGUCAUGAAUGGGCCCAGAAGGCGGCCUACCUGCUAGGCUGUACCUUGGAGGAGCUGUCCUCCUCUAUCUUUAAGCACCAGGCCAAAGGACUGAAGCACUCCACCUCAUUCAGAGGAGGGUCGGACGAAGCCAGCCAGGGUGACAGCUCAGGCUCUAAGGUCACAGCUCUGGAGUGUUUGGAGGCCAUGGCAUCCGGACUCUACUCUGAGGUCUUCACUCUUGUCAUCUCCCUCAUUAACAGAGCUCUGAAGUCCAGUCAGCACUCUCUGUGCUCCCUGCUGAUCGUGGACACUCCGGGUUUCCAGAACCCUCGGCUGGCCCAGCAGCAGCGAGGGGCCACGUUUGAGGAGCUCUGCCACAACUACACCCAGGAGAGGCUACAGACCCUGUUCCAUGAACGCACCUUCGUCCAGGAGCUGGAGCGAUACAAGGAGGAAAACAUAGAGCUUGCUUUAGAUGACAUAGAGUCCAGUACCUCACUGUCUGUAGCAGCUAUUGACCAAGCCUCAACCCAAGCUCUGGUGCGUACUCUGGCCAGGACGGAUGAGGCUCGAGGCCUUCUGUGGCUGAUGGAGGAGGAGGCAGUCCAGCCUGGAGGUUCAGAGGAAACCAUGCUGGAGAGACUCUUCAACUACUACGGCUCUGCACAGGGAGAAAACAAAGGAGCCGGUCUGCUGCUGCGAGGAGAAAAGCCCCACCUCUUCCUGCUGGGCCACAGCCACGGGACAGACUGGGUGGAGUACAACGCUCAGGGCUGGCUGAGCCACGCCAAGCACAACCCUGCUGCCCAGAACGCUGCCACACUGCUGCAGGAUUCCCAGAAGAAGAACAUCAGUGGGCUGUUUAUGGGCCGGGCCAGUGGGGCCACAGUAUUAUCGGGAUCCAUUGCCGGUCUGGAGGGCAGCUCCCAGCUCGCCCUGCGACGAGCCACCAGCAUGAGGAAGACCUUCACCACAGGCGUGGCUGCCGUCAAGAAGAAGAGCCUGUGUAUCCAGGUCAAACUGCAAGUGGAUGCUCUGAUUGACAUGGUGCGUCGCUCCAGGGUUCACUUUGUCCACUGCCUGCUGCCCAAAGCAGAGGCAGUGGGUGGAGGAGGUGAGCCCCGCGUGGCGCACGGAGAGAGCCCCGACUCAGGCCUUAUGACUCUGGACGUGGGCCUCCUGAGAGCUCAGCUCAGAGGAUCCAAGCUGCUGGAUGCCCUGCGCAUCUACAGACAAGGAUACCCAGACCACAUGGUGUUUUCUGAGUUCCGCCGGCGCUUUGAUGUCCUGGCACCGCAUCUGACCAAGAAGCACGGCCGCCACUACAUUGUCACAGAUGAGAAGAGGGCUGUGGAGGAGUUGCUGGAGUCCUUGGAGCUGGAGAAAAGCACCUACCACAUGGGUCUGAGCAGGGUGUUCUUCAGAGCGGGGACUUUGUCCAGGUUGGAAGAGCAGCGGGAUGUUCAGACCAGGAGGAACAUCUCUUUGUUCCAGGCUGCCUGCAGGGGAUACCUGGCCAGACAGGCCUUCAAGAAGAGGAAGAUCCAGGAUUUGGCCAUCCGCUGCAUCCAGAAGAACAUAAAGAAGAAUCGUGGUGUCAAACACUGGCCAUGGUGGAAGCUUCUGACCACCGUCAGACCUCUGAUCGAGGUGCAGCUCACUGAGGAACAGAUCCGCGGCAAGGACGAAGAGAUCCAGCAGCUGAAGCAGAAGCUGGAGAAGGUGGAGAAAGAGAGGAAUGAGCUUAGACUCAACAGCGACCGUCUCGAGAGCCGGAUCACAGAGCUUUCAUCAGAACUGGCUGAUGAGCGGAACACUGGGGAGUCAGCCUCCCAGCUGCUGGAGACUGAAACCUCUGAGAGACUGCGCCUGGAGAAGGACAUGAAGGACCUGCAGGCCAAGUUUGACACCAUGAAAAAACAGAUGGAGUCCAUGGAGAUGGAGGUGAUGGAGGCUCGACUCAUCAGGGCUUCUGAGCUCAAUGGAGAGAUGGAUGAUGACGACACAGGAGGAGAGUGGAGGCUGAAGUAUGAACGAGCCAUCAGGGAGAUUGAAUUCACCAAGAAGAGACUGCAGCAGGAGUUUGAUGACAAGCUGGAGGUGGAGCAGCAGAACAAACGGCAGUUGGAGAGGAGGAUCACCGACCUGCAGGCUGAUAACGAGGAGUCCCAGCGAAACAUCCAGCAGCUGAAAAAGAAAACCCAACGGCUGACGUCCGAACUGCAGGACACCAAACUUCACCUGGAGGGCCAACAGAGCCGCAACCACGACCUGGAGAAGAAGCAGAGGAGGUUUGACAGUGAGCUGAGUGCGGCCCAGGAGGAGGUGCAGAGGGAGAGGACCCUGAGGGAGAAACUGGCCCGAGAGAAAGACAUGCUGACCGGAGACGCUUUCAGCCUCCGACAGCAGUUGGAGGACAAGGACCUGGAGGUGUGCGCGGUCAACCUGAAGCUGGACCAGCUGGAGGCUGAGCUGCAGGACCUCAACUCCCAGGAAUCCAAGGACGAGGCAUCACUGGCCAAGGUGAGGAAGCAGCUACGCGACAUGGAGGCCAAGGUGAAGGACCAGGAAGAGGAGCUGGAUGAGCAGGCUGGAACCAUUCAGAUGUUGGAGCAGGCAAAGCUGCGUCUGGAGAUGGAGAUGGAGCGUUUGCGUCAGACCCAUUCCAAGGAGGUCGAGAGCAAAGAUGACGAGGUGGAGGACAUCAGACAGUCCUGCAGUAAGAAGCUGAAGCAAAUGGAAGUCCAGCUCGAAGAAGAGUACGAUGAGAAGCAGAAGGUGCUGAAAGAGAAGAGAGAGCUGGAGUCGAAGCUUCUGUCAGCACAGGACAAGGUGAGAAGUGGUGACAUUGAGACUGAGAAGCGUUUGAGGAAGGACCUGAAGAGAACCAAGGCUCUGCUGGCUGAUGCCCAAAUCAUGUUGGACCAUAUAAAGAACAACGCACCCAGCAAGAGGGAGAUCGCCCAGCUCAAGAACCAGCUGGAGGAGUCGGAGUUCACCUGCGCAGCGGCAGUUAAAGCUCGUAAGUCCAUGGAGGUGGAGAUCGAGGACCUGCACGUUCAGAUGGAGGACAUCUCCAAAACAAAGCAGGCGCUGGAGGAGCAGCUGAGUCGUCUGCAGAGAGAGAAGAAUGAUCUGCAGUCCAGGAUGGAGGAGGAUCAGGAGGACCUCAACGAGCUGAUGAAGAAACACAAGGCUGCUGUGGCCCAGUCGGCCCAGAACCUGGCUCAGAUCAGUGACCUACAAGCCCAGCUGGAGGAGGCCCUCAAGGAGAAACAGGAGGUUCAGGAAAAGUUGCAAGCCCUCCAGAGCCAACUGGAGUUCCAGGAGCAGUCCAUGGUGGAGAAAUCCCUAGUCAGCCGGCAGGAAGCCAAGAUCCGUGAACUGGAGAGCAAGCUGGAGUUUGAGAAGACCCAGGUCAAACGCCUUGAGAGCCUUGUAGCUCGUCUUAAGGAGAAUUUAGAGAAGCUGACGGAGGAACGAGACCAGCGCAGCAGCAGCGAGAAUCGAGAGAAGGAGCAGAACAAACGUCUGCAGAGACAGAUCCGUGACACUAAAGAGGAGAUGGGUGAACUGGCUAAAAAGGAAGCCGAGGCCAGCCGCAAAAAGCAUGAGUUGGAAAUGGACAUUGAGAGCUUAGAGGCAGCUAAUCAGAGCCUGCAGGCUGACCUCAAGCUGGCCUUCAAAAGGAUUGGUGACCUCCAGGCAGCCAUCGAGGACGAGAUGGAGAGUGAUGACAAUGAAGACCUUAUCAACAGUCAGGGGGAUUCAGACACAGACUCUGAGGUGGAGGAUCGUGUGGAUGGGGUGAAGUCCUGGUUGUCCAAAAGCAAAGGUUCUGCCAAGAACCUCUCAGAUGACGGCAGCCUCAAGAGCUCCAGCCCCCCUGGCCGAAGACGCUACUGCUUCGACAGAUCUGAUGAAGAGGAGGAGGAAGAAGAAAAAGAAGAAGGCGGGGCGACCCAGGGCUCUUACUACUCCAGAUACAGACAUAGCAGCCACAUGAAAGACGACGAUGGUGGCGAGGAGCGGCCUUAUGAGACCACAUCGUAGUCCUUCCCGUUAGCAUUCACCAUCUCAGACGCACCCUCGUUCAACUGUGACAGUCUUGCAUGCCAAGUUGACCCGAAACCUGGUCAGUCCAACACAACCAUACUCACAACCCUGCAGGAAAACCCAGACAUUCAAAUACUGUAGAUGUUCCUAACACUCAGUCUGACCUCCUUAUGGGAGAUCCAAACAAACCACAUGGUGUGUUUGACUUGGCGCUCAUUGGUCUAACCUCACUGCACACACAGCAGCUCCGUUAUAACAACUCCACUCCGCUGGUUGCAUGCAAGCAGUUGUUGCUUGGCUUGAGCAGCCAUCCUGUUUAACUCCCAUCAUCACGGUUGUAACUGAGCCAAAGAACUUAAGGUUGCAGUGAUAAUAGAUUCUUUCUUUCUCACUCUUUGUCUCUGUCACUCCUCCUCUCUUCUUUACAUAUAGUACACCACAAUAAUAUGUAUUGCCAUAGUACAAUGUAUUGCCAAAAAGCCUUUGUUCAAGUAUGUGUGCACACCGUUUUACUUACUGCCAGCUGAUGCUGAGUCCUGGGAGAAGUCCCAGCCUUUUCUUCCUCUUUUCCUGUUUGGAACAAGUGCCAUUUGAAGUGGACUCCUCUGCAGCUGGCUCCUCUGCAGCUGUGGUGUUUCAUGAACUGCUGCACUGUACACUGAAGACUCAUCAUCAUCAUCUACUCGCUUUUUUUUUCUGCCUUUUGCUGGCAAAUUAUCUCUUCUUACAGGGGAAGACAAUUGCAUCAGUAACUGUUCCACUAUGAAAGUGAAACACAUUUUCUCAAUUUGAAUUUAUUCUUUAUUAUGUUUGACAGAUUUGUUGUUGCAGAGGAGCGCCGUCAAGCAAAUGAAUUUCUACGAGGUUUAAACUUAACUCUGUAAAAUGCCUUGUCUUAUUUUUAUUUUUAAUUCUAUUUGAUUUGACUAAAUACUUGCCAGAAUUCUCUAGUGCUGAAAAGACUCUGGCUAUGUCCUUGUGGUUGUCGUUCACAUGCCGUCUGUGUUUUGUGAUAAGUUUGUUGUGCUUUCUUUUUUCAAAGGUAAUGUACUUGACUUUGGGCACCAGUUAUUUGUUGCUUCGUCACAAAAACCUCUGAACAUACGGUAUCCACAACCAGCAUGUUAAAGGAAAAAGCUGGUGGUAUUCUAUAUUUUAUAGACCAAAACCAACAUUGUGUUUUCUGGACCUUUGGGAGCUUGUGUAGUGUGUGUGUGUAACAAAAUAUUGGUCCAUUUAUCAAGUUGUUGUUUUUUUGUUUUUUGUUUUUUAGCUUUCAACCAUGCUAAUAGGACUGUCAAUUAAAAAAAAUCUCAUUCAAAGAAAUUUAAACCAACACAUAAUUUAUUCAAGUUACCUAAACUCAACACACACAGUCCUUAAAUGUGUCAUACAAUUAACGUGGUUCAAUUCCUUCACUGUGCCUCUGCUGCCUCACUUAAAUGACGAGCUAACUUUACGAUUACAUAGUUUCACUUUACAAAGUCAGAAAACGGCCCAUCCAUUUUUACAUCCAUAGUGUCAAAUCCAAAUGGUUCAUAAUGGCUAGCUAUUUUUUUCCGUGUUGCGAAAACAAAGUGCUAAAGCGCCCAAAAGAACAUUAGUGCUAGCAAAAAGAACAUCAGUGUCAGCGAAAAGAACAUCAGUGCUAGCAAAAAGAACAUUAGUGCUAGCAUAAAGAACAUUAGCGCUAGCAUAAAGAACAUUAGUGCUAGCAUAAAGAACAUUAGCUCUAGCAUAAAGAACAUUAGUGCUAGCAUAAAGAACAUUAGCUCUAGCAUAAAGAACAUUAGCUCUAGCAUAAAGAACAUUAGUGCUAGCAUAAAGAACAUUAGCUCUAGCAUAAAGAACAUUAGCUCUAGCAUAAAGAACAUUAGCGCUAGCAUAAAGAACAUUAGUGCUAGCAUAAAGAACAUUAGUGCCAGCAUAAAGAACAUUAGCUCUAGCAUAAAGAACAUUAGCGCUAGCAUAAAGAACAUUAGUGCUAGUGAAAACAACAUCAAGUGAAAAAGACAGUAAAAGAAAGCACUAGCAAAAAUAACAUUAGAGCUAGCAGAAAGAACAUUAGCCUAGCUUACAGAUAAGACAUCCUGUUGCACUUAUACGCUGAGAAUUUAUAAAUCAAACACAUUAUUACAUCUUGAAUAUUACAUUUUCUUCCAUGUCCCAUGAUUCCAUUGAAAAGAGAAAUGUAUAUUCCUUUGGAUUCUCUGAUUUUAAUGAAAAAAGAAAAAUGUAGAAUAUCACCAGCCUUCUUUUAAGCCUCAUUGGGUACUUUAACUUCAUUAACUGGACACACUACAGUCUGUAUUAACAAAAACUGUGAAAUCAUGUAAAGAGAAAGAAAAUAGGAACCUGCAUUUUCAUUAAGUGUCACAUCACACCCUUUGGUAAUCUGGUAUUUACUGAGUAGCAUCGAGGUAUUAUUGAAAGCCAUUUAAAGUCCAGAAGAGCUUGAUGUGGCGUUGGAGGCUGAAAUAAAUUUGCGGAUGUUGUUCAUUGUGGGAGAAGCUGGGUGUGAUUCUACUAUACAUGCUUUUUGUAGUCUUCAUUUUUAUUCUCUAUGCAGUCAACAAGUGUGGAAAUGUGUUUUGACCUUAUUGACCCUGAUACAAGAGUCUGGCUUCAACAGGAAAAAACAAAACUGAACAGCAGGCUUAAUAUUGCUGACUGCACAUAGUAUUUAUAUAUAAAUAUGUGUAUGAUUCAUGCUAGCUUUGAAAAUAGUUCGUUUAUUUUCAUUAUUGAACAAAUUGACCACUUGUUAUUAAUUUUGCAUUACAGUUUAAUAUAUUGUAAAUAAAUGAUGGUGAUUGUUUUAGAA